AUGCAACUUCAAAGCUCAUCCUCAAAUAGUGAUUAUGAAAGGUUAAAGCAAUUCUCAAAAUGGAUUGCGAACAUAGGAGAUGAAGAAAUUCAGGGGCAAACAAUUGGAUGUGAAAACAUUACUAUUCCAAAAGAGAAUUUGUUGAAAUGUUCUAGAGAUCCCAUUGCAACUAUUGUGGAAAGUGCAUACACAUCAUACUCCAAUAUUUUUUAUGAUCCAACAUACUUGGAAAAGAAGGCAAUAUUGGCUCCAAUACUUGAUGUUGUUGACUCUAUCAAUGAAUAUAUGACUUCUUUAAACACAUAUGAAGGAAAUACAUAUUUCAUCUUUGACGGUGCUUGCAAAUCAGAUUCAAAUGUUGAUUUAUUAGCUGAUGUGUACACACCUGAAUUUUUGAAUGGGAUCAAGUGUUCUGGUGUGCCUAAUCAUGAACUCAGGCUGAAAGUUCUUCUAUCAGAGUGA